GCACUGUUGUUGGUGGUGAACAUUUUAGUCGCAUUGCUAUUCCCAAUCACGCCAGACCGCAUCGAGCACCAUGUUCGAACGAAAACUCACCAUACUUUACGGUAGCCAGUCGGGAACGGCCCAAGAUUUGGCCGAACAGAUAUGGCGUGAAUCGAAGAUGUAUCACUUUCGCGGUAACGUCCUCCCGAUGGACGAGUACGACGUGUCGGAAUUGAUUUCGGAGCGGUUCGUCGUUUGCGUGUGCUCCACCUACGGCCAGGGCGAAGAGCCGGACAAUAUGAAGCGGUUCUGGAAGUUUCUGCUGCGUAAAAGCCUCCCAUCCGAUUCUCUCCGGCAGGUUCACUUUGCCGUGCUCGGCCUCGGCGAUUCACGGUACCCAAAGUUCAAUUACGUUGCGAAAAAACUGCACAAACGGUUGCUCCAACUCGGUGGAAGUGCACUUCUGCAGGUUGGCCUAUGCGAUGAUCAGCACGAUCUUGGAUACGGGGCUGUCUUUCUGCCGUGGAUUAAUCAACUGUGGGAGGAGCUGGGCAAGAUAGCACCUCUGCCGGCCAAUCAGCACAAGCUGCCUGAAAGUCCCCGUGAGUUUCGGUGGAAGGUAGAGGUUUUAAAGAAAGCCGAGACAGGUACUCCUUCCCAGCAGCCUGCUUCGAUUGAUCUGUACGCGGAGGUUCAGAUGCCAAACGGGUUUCAAACGGUGGUGCUUGAAAACCGUCGCACAACGGCCAACGAUCAUUUCCAGGACGUUCGACUGAUCACGUUCGAAAAGAAAUCCGUUCCCUGGUGCCCGGGCGAUGUGCUUUAUGUAAGACCGCACAAUUCUAAGGACAAUGUAGACACAUUGUUCGGUAUAUUGCACGAGCAAGGAUUCGAUCUCAACAAGACCACGUUGGUGGAGGUGAAAGCGGUUGAUUCUGAAAUGCCUGUGCCCUCCAUAUUACAGAAACCUCUUACAUUGCAAGCCAUUUCGGAACAGUACUGGGACUUGACUGCAAUCCCACGUGCGAGGGCAUUCGCCGUCCUGGCCAAGAAUUGUCCAAACGAUCUCGAAAAGGAAAAACUUGUCGAAUUUAGCAGCGUCGAAGGACAAGAGGAACUGUUCUCCUAUGCCAACCGACCGAGAAGAAACAUUCUGGAGGUUUUGCAAGACUUUCCUCAUGCCACCAAAAGCCUCACCCUGGAAGCCAUGUUCGAGGUGUUCCAGCCGAUCAAACCUAGAGCAUUUUCGAUCGCUUCUGCUGUGGAAAGUAACAAACUGCAAAUACUGGUGGCGGUCAUCGAGUACAAAACUAAGCUUAGCGUUCCCAGACGAGGGUUGUGUUCGCACUGGUUAAAACAGUUGAGUCCCGGCGAUUUGGUUAAUGCAUGGGUACGAAGAAGUACAUUUCAGCUUCCGUUGGACAAGCAUACACCCCUUGUAAUGAUUGGUCCUGGUACUGGGUUGGCUCCUUUCCGUGGUAUCCUUCAAGAAAGGGAACUUUCCGAGACGCCCACUGCUGCACCUUUGGUAUUGUUCUUUGGGUGCCGUAGUUCCACCGCGGACUUUCACUGCGAGAAGGAUUUGAAGCGGAUGGAACAGAGCGGGAUGCUGCAACUGUUUUGUGCCUUUUCGCGAGAUCAACCGGACAAGGUGUAUGUGCAGCAUCUGAUACGUAAGGAAGGGGUCCUGCUGAAGAAAUUGUUGGUGGAAAACGGAGGAUACGUGCUGGUUUCGGGUAGUUCAAAGAAUAUGCCGGAAGCAGUGAAAGAAGCGUUGAUAGAAGCUAUAGGCGAUGCGAAUCAUAUCGAAGAUAUGAUAAAAGCGAACCGCUAUCAGGAAGAAACCUGGGCAUAAAAACAUUAUGCCUGUGAAUAAAUAUGAACAUGGACGAAUACAACAUUACCGAAACCGAUGGGUUUGUU